CAGACAAAGCUCUUGAGAUAUUGAUAUAAAAAUUUUACAUUCACUUUUUUCUAGAUUAUAUUUCCUUUAUGAAAUCAUGGAAGUGCAGCCAAGCGUGAGCAUUGAACAAGCAAACGACCUGGAAGUUGUGAAGAAGAUGGAAGAUGACCACUUACGAUUGCAAAGACAGUUUCGUAUGAUACAAGCUGACAGAUCGAAUCGUGUGAAAGGAGUUCACCCGAUGUUCCGCAGACAAGAUGAUCUACUACGAAGAUUAAAGAAGGAAUACAUUAAUGUUGCUACUGACCUAAAAAUAGCUAAAUCCGGUGCUAACAGAAAACUAGAAGAGAAAAGUAAAAAGGAAGUUCUUGACAGUAUUUUGUUAAGAGAGAAGACAGAAACUGAAUGUGAAAAUGGAAUAAUUUUGAUGGACCAAUUAGAAGGUUUGCUGCAAAGGAAUAAUAAACAGACGCUCCGUCUUAAACGAUUAGUCAAUUCAACAAUGGGAAAACUGGAAGAGAGACGAGUCACAAGCGAACAUCGAUUGAUACGUACAGAGAACAAAUUAGAAGUAGCGAUGUUAAGAUUCAACGCAAUACAAUGCGAAAACAAGAAAAUCAGAACAGAAAUAGAACAUGUGCUCAAAGACAGGUUUGAAACUUGUUUUCAAGACAUCUUACUUCCUAUUAAUAAUACUGAUAUUUUGGGUGAAAGUUUAGAUGGAUGUUUGUUAGAGUUUGUAAUCUAA